CCGUUCCAAAAUGGAUGAAGCUUUUCUCGCGUUCCACCGAGUACUAUCCUUUGCCGGAAUUUCAAUUUUUGCUAAACAAAACUGGAAUUCACACCGAUGGCUGGCACAUCAGACUUUCAACUUUAUUAUUGGAGUACUAUGUUUCAUUUUCACAACUGGUUUCGUCGUUACAAACGUAUCAGAUUUUCUCCUAUGUAUCCAAGGGGCUUGUAUUUGGACAACUGGCGUGAUAAUGACCAUUACUUUGGGAGUUUGUUUGAUAUUUAGGAAGGAGUUUCGCAGUUUUUUGGAAGAAAUGGUCUUUCGAGAUCAUAUGUUGGAGAUGCCUUUGAUAGACCAUAUCUUGCUGGUGUCUCCUAGAGGCGAAAAGAUUCAAGAACUAAGGAACUUGGUAACUGGUUCUCAAGAGAAGCUGUUCAAGUAUACCACGUUACUAUUAAAGUCGUACGUUGCUAACGUCUUCUUGUGUGCUACUCUGUACCUUUGCAGUCCUGUGUAUGGGAUGCUGGUGAGAGAAGAUAAGUCUUUGCGACUUUUAGCGUUCGAUAUGUGGUUUCCAUGGAGUUUGGAAGAUUACACCGUAUAUAUUAUAUCCUUCAUAUUCCAUGCCUACGCUGGAUACCUGUGCUGUAUUGCAUAUCCAGGUCUUCAGUCCACUAUAAUUCUUCUACUUGGCCAGCUGAUUCGUCAAACGAGGAUCCUAACAUUUAUACUGCUGCAUAUGAAUGAGCUAGCACUGGAAGUGACUGGUGUUCAAGAUGAGAGAUGGCAAGAUAUCUGCACCUUAAUUCUGUCUCAAUGUGUUGAUCAUUAUGUGAAAAUAAAAAGGUUCAGCAACCGCCUCAACCUUAUCUGUCGUCCAUUUUAUCUAACGUUGAUAUUAGUUGCUAUAAUGCUAGUAUGUAUGUGCUCCGUGAAAAUAGCAGUAUCGAACAAAUUGUCAUUAGAUACUUUUAAGUACUAUAUCCAUGAGUUCUGUUUCAUUCUGGUGGUACUCAUGUUCUGUUUGAUUGGACAACAAGUCGAGAAUGAGGUAAGGAGAGAAUUGAGAACAAAGAUAUCUGUAUAG